GGAAGGGCUCCAGAGGCUUGGCAUGUUCCUGUGUGGACGGCAAUCAGUCAGCGAGCCCAGGAGCCGGAGGGCGAGCCCCUGCCACUAGGCGCCUCAUCCAUUCAUUCCGCCUCCUUCCUCAUGCCGGCUCUCGCUCUUUCGCAGCCCGCCGCCUGGGACUCCAACCUGUUUGUGGAGGUCACUCUUGGGCCGCCAGCAGCCUGUGGCUUCUUCUUUUCCCAUUCGUCGCCUCCUUGCAGCGUCUGAUGCUCUUGCCAGCGGGGAGACGAGCUGGACACUGACCGAAAAGCAGCCCCCCGCACGCUCUGGGACUUAUACGCCGCCGCCCCCUCCCCGCCCCAUUACACACCUACACCGGAGGGAUUUACUUUGUCGGGAGGAGCCCGGGGACUGACGCGCUGAGAAAAAAAUGUACCUCGACCCGGAGGCGGCCAAAGGGGCGCCCUCCCGCGAUGUCCUUCUGGUCUCAGCCAUCAUCACCAUCAGCCUUAGUGUCACCAUUGUCCUGUGCGGGAUCUGCCAGUGGUGUCAGCGCAAACUGGGCAAACGUUAUAAAAACUCCUUGGAGACGGUGGGAACUCCAGAUUCUAGCCGAGGCCGCAGUGAAAAGAAAGCCAUUAAUGAUCUAGACAGAGACUUUUGGAAUAACAAUGACAACACAGUGCAGCAGAAAUGGAGCUCCUACCCUCCCAAGGAGUUUAUACUAAACAUAUCACCUUACGCCCCAUAUGGUGAUCCACGACUUUCCCUCAAUGGCUCAUUGCUGUCAGGUGCAAAGUUGGCUGCCUCGGCCACAGCGGGGUUGGCAGGGGAGCGAGAAGGACGCCAUGGGGAGAGGCAGCAGCUCCGAGAGGACGGCAUGAAGAGCAGCGUGUCUGCCCACAGCGAGCCCAGCAUUGGGAAGGCGGGGAGAGGUCGAUGGCAAACGGUGCAGAGCCACCUAGCAGCAGGGAAGCUCAGCCUAUCCAAUUUUGAGGAUUCCACCAUGUCCACAGCCACUACCCUUGAGUAUAUCCCCACCUCAGCAGGAGACCCGAAAUGCCAGCGCCCACGCACUCUCUUGCGCCAGCAGAGCCUCCAACAGCCACUCAGCCAGCAUCAGAAACCCAACCACAGCCAGCCCACCACCAGCCAGAGCCUGGGGCACCUGCAGUCCCACACCACCACCUCCACUGGUGGCAACCCCCGGGGCUGUCGGACUGGGCAGUCACGGCAAGGGACCUCCGCGGGCGCCAAGCACAGGACAGCUGGAGGCCGUAGCCGCUCCAACCCCGGGAGCUGGGACCAUAUGGUGGGGCAGAUUCGGAACCGAGGCUUGGACAUGAAGUCUUUCCUGGAAGGCCGCAUGGUGGUGCUAUCCCUUGUUUUGGGUCUCUCAGAACAGGACGACUUUGCCAAUAUACCAGAUCUACAAACCACUGGGAACCAGCAGAACCAGAACUCUCAGGGGGACAAGAGGUUACCCGCUGGUGGCAAAGUGGUGAACACAGCCCCUGUGCCAGGGCAGAUGCAACAUGAGGAGUCUGACCACAAAACAGAGCCUCGCUCAUCCGUCUCAGACCUUGUCAAUUCCCUGACCAGUGAGAUGCUGAUGCUCUCUCCUGGGUCCGAGGAUGACGAGGGACACGACAGCUCCAACCGAGAGAAUCUCGGCCGAAUCCAGUUUAGUGUCGGCUACAAUUUCCAGGAGUCCACCCUGACCGUCAAGAUAUUAAAAGCUCAAGAGCUGCCAGCCAAGGAUUUCAGUGGCACAAGUGACCCUUUUGUCAAAAUUUACCUCCUGCCAGAUAAGAAACAUAAGUUGGAGACAAAGGUGAAAAGAAAGAACUUAAACCCACACUGGAACGAGACCUUUCUCUUUGAAGGUUUCCCUUAUGAGAAAGUGGUUCAGCGGGUGCUCUACCUACAGGUCCUGGAUUAUGAUCGUUUCAGUCGCAAUGAUCCCAUUGGGGAAGUGUCUGUUCCCCUCAACAAGGUGGACUUGACCCAGAUGCAGACAUUCUGGAAAGAGCUAAAGCCCUGCAGUGAUGGGAGUGGAAGCCGAGGAGAGCUGCUGUUAUCCCUUUGCUACAACCCAACUGCUAACUCCAUCGUUGUGAAUAUUAUCAAAGCUCGGAAUCUUAAAGCCAUGGACAUUGGGGGAACAUCAGACCCCUACGUGAAGGUGUGGCUGAUGUACAAAGACAAGCGGGUGGAGAAGAAGAAGACAGUCGUCAUGAAGCGGUGCCUGAACCCUGUCUUCAAUGAGUCCUUCAUUUUUGACAUCCCCACUGAGAAGCUGAGGGAGACGACCAUUAUCAUCACGGUCAUGGAUAAGGACAAGCUCAGCAGGAACGAUGUCAUUGGAAAGAUCUAUCUGUCGUGGAAGAGUGGCCCGGGCGAAGUGAAGCACUGGAAAGACAUGAUUUCACACCCCCGCCAGGCUGUGGCACAGUGGCACCAGCUGAAGGCUUGAGAGGCAGAAGGCGAGGACUCGCUCUGGGUUUCUGUGCACCAAGUCAACAUUUAUUGGCCACACUCUCACUACUUUAUGCACAACGGCUGCACCCAGGUCUCCUCCAGGGGGGGAAAGCUUGGGGAUGACUGCAGGCUAAGGGAGUGAACCUGACACAUGUACUAAAAACUCUGGGAAAGCGGUGUCGGUGCCUCAUGUGCUGGCUCAGCACAGGGCACCAUGAGGAGCAUCGUCAUUCCCCAACCUCCUGCUUUAGCCUUUCCUUCCGACUCCUUAUGUAGAAAGAACGAGAGAGAGAGAUUGAGAGAGAGAGAGACCAGAGCAGAGCAGCCCUUCAGCUGAAAGUGGCCUCAGUACUGCUUUGUUUGGGUUCACGGUGUAGCAAUGGCACUGGCAUGAUGGGAAGAGAGGGGUCUGCUACCGCCAUAUGAGACUUCCUAUGAGUUCUUCCAGCCAAAGGCCCAUUGGGAUGGCACCCUACUCUGCCAUGAGAAAGCCAGCCCUCGCCGGUGGCUGCCACAGGCCUAAGAGGAGGGAAGGCAAGGAGAUCACUUGCUCUGUUUCAAUGAGGUUGUUUUGUUAUUUCAAUAAAACUUGUAAGAGUAAUAAGAAUAAUAUAAAUAAUAAUGCUGGCUAGAACCUUUGUGCUAGCCAGGCCUCUUAGCAAAGUGGGGGGGGGGAGGAGCCACGAUGCUCCCGCCGCCCCCCUGGGUGUGUUGUGCGUGCGUGCGCGUGCGUGUUGUAACUCUGCGUGAGGGGCCUUUGUAUGUGUGUCUUGUGUUUUCUUUCUCUGAGCCCUGGAGAGACUGUUUCUCCAAAGGGAUUUCAUGGACAGCCCAGUGGGAACUGAUGGAUGGCUUAUGCCAUGUGGGAAAGGAGGAGC